AAUGUAUCUGUCCACAUCAUCCAAACACAAAUCCACUCGUGUCACGUCUAUUCAAACAAAGCCCUAACUCUUCUUAUCUAUUGAUCUCCCACCAGAUUCGGUUGUAAUCGGAGCUUCCAUGGAACGUAUCAUCGGCGGCAAGUUCAAGCUCGGACGCAAGAUCGGCAGCGGUUCCUUCGGAGAGAUUUUCCUCGCUACACACGUCGAUACUUACGAGAUCGUAGCUGUUAAAAUCGAGAACAGUAAAACAAAGCAUCCUCAACUUCUAUAUGAAGCUAAGCUAUACAGAGUUCUUGAAGGAGGAAGUGGGAUUCCGCGUAUAAGAUGGUUUGGAGUGGACGGAACAGAGAAUGCUUUAGUGAUGGAUUUGCUAGGGCCAAGUCUCGAAGAUCUUUUCGUUUAUUGUGGGAGGAAGUUCUCACCAAAGACGGUCUUGCUGUUAGCUGAUCAAAUGCUAACAAGAAUAGAGUAUGUACACUCCAAAGGAUAUCUGCAUAGAGAUAUCAAACCUGAUAACUUCCUCAUGGGCCUAGGGAGGAAAGCGAAUCAGGUUUAUCUAAUUGACUUUGGACUUGCUAAAAGAUACCGUGAUGCCAACACCAACCGACACAUCCCUUACAAGGAAAACAAGAAUUUAACAGGAACUGCAAGGUAUGCAAGUUGCAAUACACAUCUUGGGAUUGAGCAAAGUCGACGUGAUGAUCUAGAAUCUCUUGGAUAUGUGCUUCUUUAUUUCCUAAGAGGCAGUCUUCCAUGGCAGGGUCUUAAAGCUGUUGACAAGAAGCAAAAAUAUGAGAAAAUAUGUGAGAAGAAGACAUCAACUCCUAUUGAGGUUCUAUGCAAAGAUCACGCUGUGGAGUUUGCUUCAUAUUUUCAUUAUUGCCACACACUGACAUUUGAUCAGCGCCCUGAUUACGGGUUCUUGAAGCGGCUUUUUCGUGAUCUAUUCUCCCGGGAAGGAUAUGAAUUCGACUAUAUAUUUGAUUGGACUAUUAUAAAGUAUCAACAAGCACAGAAAGCUAGAAAUCAGUCUCAGGCAAUUCCUGGGUCUAGCAAUGGUCGUGCAAUGCCAAUGGACACAAGCAAUCAUCAAGGAGGAACUAAUAUCUCACAUGAAGCUGAGUCCUCUGAGCGCGUUAGAUCCUCUAAUACUAUUGGUCCAACCCCCCGGAUGAAUAAUAAUAGGAGUCCAGGUUUUGAUCACUCCCUCCACAAUAAGAUGCAAAUGCCAUCCACUUCAGCAUCUCCUGCAAGUACUUCUAAAAGAAAUGACGUAAAGACAGUGUUCCCUCCUGAAACCUCAAGUUCUGGGAAUGGGGGUGGGAAGAGAACCGGUGGCUGGGCUUCAUCAUUCAUGUCUCGAGGGAAAUGACGCCAAAGCAAAAAGCAAAGUGUAGUUUUUCUUUCUUCUGAACUGCUGAGCAAAGAUUAUAUAUAGCCUUUGGGAGAAAUGAAGGAGUUAGUGACUAAGUGAGAGCUUUAAAACUGUGAUUUCUGCAGUGGAAUCUCUAGGCGAGGUUGCAGAUUCUACAUGACCAAAGCCUACUGUUACACACAAGGCAUGAAAGUCUUUUAUCUUUCCAUGAACAGCUUACUGACUUCACACCUUUAUAUAAUAUAUCUUGCAAACCGGACUUGUAAUUUGAUUGUAAUUUGAUUCUUGUGUUCCAUUCUCAUCUGUGUACUCUGGUUUCAUAUACAUGUUCAUAGUUCACUUGAUUUGUGGCGUAAUUUGCGUUUUGCUACUUGAUCAUCAUUUUGUUUGCAGAAACUUCAAGAGCCAGGCCUUGAGCAAAGAGUUUGUACAUGUCCUAAAAAGGCUUUUGAGUCAAGAGCUUGCUUGUGGCAGGGGACUUCAACAUCAUUUAGCCAGCUUUCUGAUAUCAAUGAUUUUGCCAAGAGUGGAGCAGUUUAAUCUGGAAAAGAACAAAUGUUAGUGAGCUCAUGAAGCCAGUCUAUUGGUGUCGGCCUGUGUUUCUGCGGUAUCAGACAGCUCGGUUUGUUUGCGCUCUUUAGGAAAACCAUCAUCACUUGCGUCAUCAUCUUCAUCAUCAUAAUUAUCAUCAUCACUAUCAUCCAAGAUAUAGGUGUAGGUGUGUUAUCUGCAGCUUCAACGGAAACAAAAUCUCAAGGCGUAAGAGAGGACCUAUUCACUAUCGUCAUAAAGUUGAACCACCACAUGAUAUUAUGAUGCAGUGACUUGCUUUCUAUAUAACAACAAUCUUUGGCCUCAUUUACCUAUUUCUUAUAUAUCUCUAUAUUUUUUUUUGUGCACAUUUCUUAUUAUAUUUAUGUUCUUUGAAUUGUUUACAUAUGUAGUUGAAAUUUUCUCAAAUCUGAAAAGAAUUACUUA